UGCAUCAUCGGUAUACUGCAGGAUCAGCACCCACGUUCACUGCAUCGUUUACGUAUCAGCGCCCACGUCUACUGCAUCACUUACAGUAUACUCGGCACCCAUAUGCUUUGCAUCGCUUAACACUCCUCUGCACCAUCAUUCCAUGCAUCUCCUGUAUUGACGGUAGUCUGUGCCAGAUCGGCACUCCUACGUUGACAUUUCUCCUAAGGCUGCCCCAAUUUAAGUUACCGGCGGCACUCAUUUGCAUGGUUGCGCCUUAGACGUAGUGGCAGAUCGGGGCAGUGGGCGCGGUGACCUGUUGGGCCUGUGAGUUAGGAGUACCGCAGCUCCCCUUGGCACCCCAUCCGGCUCGGCUUUUCCCCACAACCUUCACCUGCAGCCAUCUAAUUCUUUUUUAUCGGAAAGGCAUUGCCAUGGAGAGCUGUGGGCAGCUCCCCCUCCACCUCUGCUGAGGCUUGCACUACGGAUCAUGGAUACUCGCUGUAUGUUUGCUUUCACCAUUCAGAUAACUCACGGCGGUGUAAAUGGAGGAGGACAUUGAUACCCGUAAAAUUAACAACAGUUUCCUGCGCGAUCACAGCUAUGCAACCGAAGCUGACAUUAUCUCGACAGUUGAAUUCAACAACACUGGAGAAUUGCUUGCCACAGGAGACAAGGGGGGCCGUGUCGUAAUAUUCCAGCGCGAGCAGGAGAGUAAGAAUCAACCUCACCGGAGGGGAGAAUACAAUGUUUACAGCACUUUCCAGAGCCACGAGCCGGAGUUCGAUUACCUGAAAAGUUUAGAAAUAGAAGAAAAAAUAAACAAAAUAAGGUGGCUUCCCCAGCAAAACGCAGCCUACUUUCUACUGUCUACCAAUGAUAAAACGGUGAAACUGUGGAAAGUCAGUGAAAGAGACAAGAGACCUGAGGGUUAUAACUUAAAGGAUGAAGAUGGACGACUGCGUGAUCCAUGCACAAUAACUUCAUUGAGAGUUCCCGUACUCCAGCCUAUGGAUCUGAUGGUUGAGGCCACACCUAGAAGAGUGUUUUCCAACGCACACACCUACCACAUCAACUCGAUAUCCGUCAACAGCGACUACGAAACGUACAUGUCCGCAGAUGACCUGAGAAUAAACUUGUGGAACCUAGAGAUAACAAAUCGAAGUUUCAAUAUUGUAGAUAUAAAGCCAGCCAACAUGGAGGAGCUGACGGAGGUGAUCACGGCUGCCGAGUUUCACCCCCAUCACUGCAACACAUUUGUCUACAGCAGCAGUAAAGGGACAAUCCGGCUCUGCGACAUGCGCUCCGCCGCCCUGUGUGACAAGCACUCUAAAUUAUUUGAGGAACCGGAGGAUCCCAGCAACAGAUCGUUUUUCUCCGAGAUUAUUUCUUCCAUAUCGGACGUGAAGUUUAAUCAUAGCGGUCGGUACAUCAUGACCAGAGACUAUUUAACUGUUAAAGUAUGGGACCUGAAUAUGGAGAACCGUCCAAUAGAGACAUAUCAGGUCCACGAUUACCUCCGCAGCAAACUAUGUUCUCUCUAUGAGAAUGACUGCAUUUUUGACAAAUUUGAAUGUGUUUGGAAUGGUUCAGACAGUGUCAUAAUGACUGGCUCCUACAACAAUUUCUUUAGAAUGUUCGAUCGCAACACGAAACGGGAUGUCACGUUGGAGGCCUCCAGAGAAAACAGCAAGCCUCGGGCGAUCCUCAAACCCCGCAAAGUCUGCGUCGGAGGAAAGCGAAGAAAAGAUGAAAUAAGCGUGGACAGUCUGGACUUUAGCAAAAAAAUUCUUCACACAGCCUGGCACCCUUCAGAAAACAUCAUAGCCGUGGCUGCCACCAACAACCUGUAUAUAUUCCAGGACAAGGUUAACUAGAGCACUGUUACAGGAAAAUAUUAGGAAUUAUGUGUUUAAGGCUUUUUACUAUACCCCCUCCCCCUUCCCUCAUUUUUCUAAUAUUUCUUCUGUUUUAUUUAUUUCAAUUAUGUUCACCAAGUUCUUCCUCUGGCGAGUUAUAGACCAAACGAACAGGCAACUUUUAACCCUAUUGACCCUACUUCAAACUGAUGACAGUUGAGUGUUUUUUUUUUCUCCCACUGGUGAUUGCACCAGUCGCAGCAUUUUGAAUCCUACUCUAAAGGAGUUUGUAACUUGCCUCUCACAUGGCGUGAAAGGUGCAAGCAAAAACAAACUGGACAAACCAAAUGUGGGCAUAUAUAAUAUUCUUUUUAAUUGGUAACUUGAUUUUUAAUAAAAGAUAAUCAUUGUAA